GCGCCACUGACCCGCGGGAAAUAUUUCUAAAGUAAUUUGUUUCGAGCUGAUUUGUUUGUAGCUGGUUAAAACUUGCUUAGGUAUUUAGCUCGUUUGCACCAGGAUUGUAGACAACCUAUCAAGAUGACCCGAGCGCCUCUUGGCGUUAUUGAACAGGCUAUUGGAAAUCUGGCUAAGGUGGAUGAGUACCUGGCAACAGGUAUGGAAAUGACUACAAACGCAACAUUGGAUCUGCUAGAAUGUGAUAAAGAUUUAAAUGAAGAAACAUUAUCAGACCUGAAAAAUGUAAUGCUGAAAUUCGUUGAGAUGGAGACAGAAUUGGGACACUUCCGAAGUGCCACUGAGCAUGCUAAGCAGGCGAUUAAUGGAAGCAACGAUGGUGCCAACUUGGAGGAAAUUUUCGACGACAAGUUUCGCGAACUGAGCUCCGCGACGGACGCUGAUGCACUGAAGGAGCAUAAGGCAUACAAAGACAUGUUACAGAAAGUCACUGACAUGCUUCAGCCAGGUGAGGCUGAGGAACAGCUUAGUGAGAAUGUUGAGAGUUCUGAUCUUGAACGUUCAGGACUCAUAGUCACACAGCAGGACGUCGUCACAAAGUGUCCCUUCAUGUUGACGGAAAUGACGAAUCCUGUGCAAAAUACGAUCUGCAAGCACAACUAUGACAAAGCCAGUGUUGUGCAGAUGCUGGAGGCACGGAAGAAUGUGAGGUGUCCCAUGUUGGGCUGCGACAAUAAGAAAAAUUUACAGAUGGCAGACCUUGUUGAGAAUUCUGACCUGAAGCGCUACAUAGAGAAGAAAGCAAGGCAGACUGGUGGAAAGCGUACACGCAAACAUAUCUAGAUGCUCUGUCCGCACCUUAAAAAAUCCACGUAGGGCUAUAUAGAUGUGCUGUGUUGUAUUAUAAUGUUCCUAGGUCAACAGUGUAACAUUUCGUGUCAUGUUUGAUUGAUAUAUUACCAACCACACUCUAGUUCGGCUCAUAGGGUCUAUGUCCCCCAGGGUACUGCCGGAACGUACCCUGGGUACGUUCUGGUAUACCGGACCGUACCCAGGGUACGUUCCGGCAGUACCCGGGGGGACAUAGACCCUCUCAGCUCUAGUUUGUGUGGCAUCGCCUGCUUUUAUAUGUAUCAUUAACUGCCUUUGUGAGUGUGUGUUAACACGUGGAAUAAUAUGGGACUUAUGUCUAAUUGUAUAAUAUUGUCUAUAUAUAAUACAUGGUUUUUUAUGAUUA